AUGGUCCUCAAAAAAGACACAACAACACCCUCCACCAUGUCUUCACCCACCAUCAUCUCAGCCUCCAACGAAUACUCCCCCCUCCGCGCCCUCAUCAUCGGCCGUGCCGCCCAUUCCCUCUUCCCCUCGGAACCUCCACACAUGAUCCGCGCAACCAUGCCCACCCUCCACCACCCCGAAUUCCGUCCUCACCACCCUUUUCCAGCAGACAUUGUCGCCAAAGCAGACCAAGAACUCGACAACUUUGCGCGUGUGAUGACGGAGAGAUUCGGUCUCAAGGUGUACAGACCCAAAGAAGUGGAUUGGGCCAAGGCGAAUGAGGGAAGAGGAGGGUAUACCGGUGCAAUGCCGAGGGAUGGACUGAUGGUGGUGGGGAGGACAGUCGUGGAGGCGUGUUUUGGAUGGGGGUGUAGGAGGGGGGAGAUUGAGCUUGCGUACCAUGAUGUUCUGGAGGAUAUCAUGGAAGGCGCACAGAAAGCAGGCGAGUCAGUGAGGGUGUGUCGUGCUCCCAAGAUUGUCGGGGCCGAUACCUUGUAUGAUGGGCUUUUGGAUGACGACAAGCCAGAAGAUCGAAAAGAUGGUGCCAAACAGAACGGGACUUUCAACAGCCAAAAUGGCAACCAAACAACACACUGGGCAAUCAACAACACCCGCCCGGCCUUUGACUGCGCAGACUUUAUGCGCUUCGGCACCGUCCUCAUCGGCCAGCUCUCGCACGUCACUAACCCCAAGGGCGUCGACUAUCUCCGCGCCGUGCUGCCCGCCCCGUAUACCGUCGAGCUCCUCAACACCACCGAUGACCACGCGAUGCACAUAGACGCUACCAUCCUCCCCUUGCGCCAUGGAACGUUAAUCUACUGUCCCUCGCGCGUCACCGAGGAGGAACUCCGACGGCACGAGGUUUUUGGGGACUGGGAUUUGCGGCCGUUGCCGUGGAAUCCCGAAGAGGAGGAGGAAGAGGAAGAAAAGGAUGAGGGUCCGCCGAGGUACAUGUGCUCCAAGUGGUUGGCUCUCAAUGCCAUGAGUGUGGACGAGAAGACGAUUGUGGUGGAGGAGAGGCAGGAGAGGUUUGCGAGGUGGUUGGAGGAGGAGUUUGGGAUGGAGGUGGUGAGGUUGCCGUUUAGACAUGUGAAUAGCUUGGGGGGAUCAUUUCAUUGUGCGACUGUUGAUUUGGUUAGAAAGGAGCUUUGA